AGUGUUUCUCAACUGGCCUUCGUGCACACAUGCUGCCAUAUUCCGGUGUGAGUCACCUACAGACAGACCAAACCAUGUGUCCUCAGACUAUACAUGGGAGAGACCAAUUUCCAGGUUUUUAUAUAAUGACACAGUUCAACAUUGCUGAGCUCGCCAGGAGAGGAACGGUGAAGAUGGUUCCUGGGACAACAUCUCAACAUGUUGCAUAUAGGAUUGGCCCAGAGUUCAACUUCAGAAUAAACACAAGAUCCGCAUUUCCCAUGGGACUGCCUGAGGAAUUCGCGUUUUCUGCAGUUUAUCGGAUGACCGGGAACACGCCGACUAAGAACUGGAAUUUAUGGCAAAUGCAAGACAUGAACAGAAAUGAACAGCUUGCAGUGAGACUCAACGGAGAGUCGCUGUCUGUAGAGUUCUCCUACAGAACCCAAGAAAACAGAGUUAUGAUGGUUUUAUUCCCUCACCAAACACUCCUGUUCGAUUCUCAGUGGCACAAGAUUUUGCUAGUAGUCAAAAAAGGUUCUGUGAGCGUAAAAACAGACUGCAGUGAGUCAGACUCUCAACAGCUGGCACCACGAGGACGCGUAAAUCUAGAUGGAUUCACGUUUAUUGGAAAGCUGAAGCACAAUCCCGCAAUAGCUGUGACGUUUGAGUUGCAGUCGAUGCUUAUCAGCUGUGAUACAGGAUUCGCACAGAGAGACACCUGCGGUGAGCUUCCUGCCAGGAGACAGAUAUCUGAAGCAGAAUUUCAGAGGGUCGGAGGCGGCCCCCCGGGUCCACCAGGUGUGCCUGGAAUAGACGGCAUUGCUGGGGAGAGAGGCGAACAUGGCGAAGAUGGCUCUACCGGCCCUGAUGGUGAUGAUGGAAAACCGGGUUCUGCUGGACUUCCUGGUUUACCUGGUGGUGAUGGGUUGACUGGCCCCGUAGGAGAGCCCGGUCUCGACGGCCCACCAGGACAAAAGGGAGAACCUGGGAAAUCUGGACCCAGAGGACAAGUUGGAGUUGGACCUGAUGGAUCUAUCGGACCACUAGGACCAGGGGGACUUCCGGGUGAGCAGGGAAAAGUGGGACCCCCUGGGGCCAUGGGUGUAAGAGGGCCAGAGGGACCCCGUGGACCAACAGGGGCCCGUGGUGCUGCAGGGAUGUUGGGUGGAACUAUGGAAUUGUGUCCUAAUGCAUGCUCAGCUGGUGCACCGGGCCAUCCUGGCUUGCCUGGCAUGAAGGGGCAUAAAGGAGUGAAGGCAGAUCCAGGAGAGCCUGGUAAACAAGGACACAAGGGAGAGGAGGGAGAUCAAGGGGCUCCUGGAGAUGUCGGAGCUCAGGGUCCAACUGGAUCCCAGGGGACUCGAGGUGCCACUGGAAUGAUAGGCUCGAAAGGAGAAAUGGGGCCUCGGGGUGUUGAUGGUGAGCCCGGUCCUCAGGGUGUGCCAGGUGCCGUGGGGGAUCAAGGUCAGAGGGGAGGUUUGGGAGAAUUGGGCCCUAAAGGUGAACAGGGCGCUCAAGGGCCAAGAGGUGUCACCGGUCUUCCAGGACCAAAAGGAGACGGCGGUUUGCCGGGUGUAGAUGCGCGUGAGGGUAUUCCUGGCAUACCAGGAGCUAAGGGCAAUGCUGGAAAAGGAGGAGCUCCAGGAGAAAUAGGCCUUCAAGGACUUCCUGGUUUACCAGGAAGCCCAGGGCCUAAAGGUACAUCCGGAGAAAAGGGUAAUGCUGGAGAGCUCGGCCUCAUGGGCACUAUGGGAUCAGCAGGCAGACAGGGAGAGCGUGGAGAACAAGGAGAGGUUGGACCUGUCGGGCCUAUUGGUGAACCUGGAGACCGUGGAGAGCAGGGCCCAUCUGGACCAAUGGGAAAACCAGGAGCCAGAGGUCCUAAAGGUGAUUUGGGUUUGCCUGGACUUCCCGGACCGCCAGGCCUUCCAGGAGUAAAAGGCGAGCGGGGUGAAGGAGGUGAAGCUGGACCUAAGGGAGAACAGGGAGAUCAAGGAGCGGAGGGAACGGCAGGAGACAAAGGAGAUGUUGGCGACCCUGGCCAAGCCGGAACUAAAGGCGAAGUUGGCAACCAGGGAGAUUUGGGUAAAAGAGGCUCAGAUGGACCCCGCGGGCAGCCUGGCAUUGAAGGACCUCUUGGUAGCCCCGGACCACGUGGCAUGCAAGGGGACAGAGGGGUCCCGGGACCUCGUGGCUCACAAGGGGGAGCGGGUAAAGAACCAAGCGAUCAACACAUCAAACAGAUGUGUAUGCGGGUGAUGCAGGAACAGCUGGCCCAGUUGGCCGCCAGUCUGAGAAGACCAGAGUCUGGUGCGGCUGGACUGCCAGGCCGGCCAGGUCCCCCAGGUCCUCCCGGAUCUCCAGGUGACAAUGGAUUUCCUGGACAAGCUGGUGCGAGAGGACUGCCUGGACUCAAAGGGCCUCUGGGAGUGCUGGGUUUAAGGGGUCAGAAAGGUGAGAUGGGAGACAGAGGGGACAGGGGACCCACAGUUCGGGGACCCAAAGGCAUGCAUGGGCCUCCCGGUCUACCAGGUGAACCUGGAAAACCAGGAUACGGUCGGGAUGGCCGUGAUGGGGAGCGAGGGCCACCCGGUGUGCACGGACAGCCGGGUGUUCCUGGGUUUCCCGGUCCAGCCGGCCAACCUGGUUACUGUGACCCUUCAUCUUGUAAUCUGAGCGCCGGGGCUGCCCACCAGUCCCAGAAAGACUCUAAUCUGAAGGGCCCAGGAGGAAACUAAAAGCGUUCUGAUGGGACCUCAAGGUCGGGUGGAUCUGGAUAGCGACAGCUCUGUGAGGAGCACAAAAACAUUCCCAUCACAGAACCGUUCAAAACUGUACCACCAGAUCGCACAGUGAGUUAAGAGUGUUUUGUGCCAGUAUAUGGAAGCUCAAACCAUCGGCCAAUACAGCCAACGCCAUGUGCCAAAGAAAAUCCUGCCCAAAUCUUGGUGUCAUAACAGAAAACAGCAAGGGUCCUCCUGUAUAGAAAUAAAGGAGGGAAGAUAUUGUACAUCUGUGUAUAUGAUUUGAUUGUUGUUUUGAAAGAAAUUCAUU